AUGGGCAACCAACUGGACCGCAUCACCCACCUCAACUACAGCGAGCUGCCCACCGGGGACCCGUCAGGGAUCGAAAAGGACGAACUGCGGGUCGGGGUCGCUUACUUCUUCUCGGAUGAAGAGGAGGACUUGGACGAACGCGGCCAGCCGGACAAGUUCGGCGUGAAGGCCCCCCCGGGCUGCGCCCCCUGCCCGGAGAGCCCCAGCCGCCACCACCACCACCACCACCACCUGCUGCACCAGCUGGUCCUCAACGAAACUCAGUUCUCCGCCUUUCGGGGCCAGGAAUGCAUCUUUUCCAAAGUGAGCGGCGGCCCGCAGGGCGCCGACCUGAGCGUCUACGCGGUCACCGCCCUGCCGGCGCUCUGCGAGCCAGGCGACCUGCUGGAGCUGCUGUGGCUGCAGCCCGCGCCGGAGCCGCCCGCGCCAGCCCCGCACUGGGCCGUGUACGUGGGCGGCGGGCAGAUCAUCCACCUGUGCCAAGGCGAGAUCCGCCAGGACAGCCUGUACGAGGCGGGCGCGGCCAACGUGGGCCGGGUGGUGAAUAGCUGGUACCGCUACCGCCCCCUGGUGGCCGAGCUGGUGGUGCAGAACGCCUGCGGCCACCUGGGUCUCAAGAGCGAAGAGAUCUGCUGGACGAACUCGGAGAGCUUCGCCGCCUGGUGCCGCUUCGGCAAGCGGGAGUUCAAGGCGGGCGGGGAGGUGCCGGCCGGCACGCAGCCCCCGCAGCAGCAGUACUGUCUCAAGGUGCACUUGGCUGACAACAAGGUGCACACGGCCCGGUUUCACAGCCUGGAGGACCUCAUCCGCGAGAAGCGCCGCAUAGACGCCAGCGGCCGCCUGCGGGUGCUCCAGGAGCUCGCCGACCUCGUGGAUGCCAAAUAG